AUAUUCUGACAUUCUUUUGCAGAGCAGAGAGGCAGUGAGUCCAGCUGCAGGGAGACAGAGUACAAAUCCAACCCAGAAACUCACCAGGAUAAGCCAAGAAAAGAAGACGAGGUUGUUGUUUUUUUAUUUUAUUUCCGGGUUCUUGUGAGUUUUUAAAGUAGAGGAUUUUGAAUUCGAUUGCAAAUCUGCCUGAAAGUCAUCUGGAAAAUCUUGCCUUUUUUUAAACAAAGGGUUUCUAUAAAAGCAUCUCGCUCCUACAUCUCCCUCACUGAUGACAGUUUCCAAACUACUGACUGCUUAGACCAAGAAUCUGGAAAAUCUUCUGGAGAGAAAAAACAGAUAGUAGAGUUGCAACAGCACACAAAGAGGUAAGUUAACUCUAAGAAAACAUAACUGCUCUAUAAAAUGCUGAUGACGUGUAGGCUUUAUGAGACUGAAUGCACCCUUAAUAAGCAGACAUCUUUGUAGUUUAGCUUCUAACUCAUACAAUUCUUUGUACCAUUGUGCAUUUUAUGCUAUUUUGCACCAAAAGCUGCAUGCCGAAAGACUCUGUCUCUUUAAAAAACUGUGUUUACAGAAUGAAAUGUCUUUGCAUGUCUGAGCAUAAAUGUAAAUAGUGCCCCAAAAGUGGAGUGUGUUGCACAAUCUGCCCAUAAUACAAGGUCUCUGUGAGGUUAGGGUGCCUCGCUCUGCUUAACCUAAAUUAGAUCACCACUGUGCAUCUGUGAAAGACAGAAAGAAGAAAAGACUUAAAGGGUGGAGGAGGUUUUAAAUCACUUAACACUGAGCUUCAAAAAUGAUGCAUUGAGAGGGAAUAAGCGGAAAGAAGCAAAUAAAAAGUGCAGUGCAAGAAUCUUUAAGUAGGAAAAGAUGUGGAGUUCAAGCCCCUAUCUGGUUUUAUCAUCAAAUUGCAGGAACAGACAUUGGGAAAGAGAACCAAUGAUGCAAACAUUAUGUUCACAUGACCGGCAGAGGCAGAAAUAAAUACACACAGAUGUUGCAUGCAUAUGCGAAGAAUAGAUGCCAAUUUAACUCACUGUCUCUUGAUCUUUUUCACUUUCACAGACACUCACCAGCAGGACAAACACAUCUUUGUCUCAUUACUCUCAUGUUUAGUUUGCUCUUGGCUAAAAUCAGGGACAGUUCCAACAAGUCUCUGUGCUGUAAUACAACUGACACUCCCACAAAUCCAAUCUAUUCCACUCCACUUUAUUUAUAUAGCACAUUUUAAAAAACAUUCAACUUUACCGAAGUGCUGCACAGUAAAAUUAAAAGAACAAUCACUGCAGAAAACAUCAAGAAAAAAUAAAUGAAAGCAGGUUAAAAAUGUUUUAAAAUGAAAUAAAAUAAAUGAAAUAAAAACAUAAAAACAUGAAAGAAAUAAGAGUGAUAAAAGGACCAUAAAAGACAUAAAAGGACAGAGAUCACACAACUCUAAUGCUGAGCUUAAAGCCAAGGAAUACACAGAGAGGAAACCAAAAAUAUAUAGAAGCACUAUAUAACUUUAAUGUCACUUAAAGAAAAUAGAGCAGCUGAAAUAUAAGAAUGCUGUAUCUAAUUUUUCGACACUCAUGUAUCUCUUUGUUCGUCUUUCAGUGCUUAGUUUUAUUUUGUGUCACAUCAUGCUCGCAAUCAAAAUCAUCACAUUUUGGAAAGCUCUGCAUUUAUUAAGCAAGUUCUACCAUUCGUCUCAAUGUUUCCCUUUAACUAGUGAAUAAAAGCUUCUCUUACUGCAAGGUGUAAACACAGACGAUCUGCCAGACUCCUGAUUCUACAUGAUUAACAACUAUUUACUUUCAUAAAGGGAUAAUAAAAUAAAACCUAUUAAUCAUUUAAGAUAAUUUUAUGACAAGAUAGAAUAAUCAUCCUGUAUGCUUUGGUUUUGGUGUGUUUCCCUGCAGACCCUGGCGCCAGUAAAGAUGGCUGACGUGGCAGAGCAAGAUGCCAACAGCUUGCAGAUACCUGGUAAGAAAUGUAGAUUAGAUAAGAUAGAACUUUAUUGAUGCUUUUGGGAAGGUUCCCCCAGGGAGAUUAAAAGUGCAUGUGAAUGUAUGUAUGAAUGAAAGUAAUGGCAGUGUAUACAGUUUAUACACAUUACGAUGGUAACUUGUUCAAAAUGAAUCACCUCUCUCUCUCUCUCUCUCUCUCUGACCUUUCACUGUUCCUCUCCCACCAGGAAAUAUUACUCACAUUAGAUUUCAGAGUCAAAUCAUUCCAGUUCAUUUCACAAACCACUCAAGCCUUUGACUAAAAAGCUUUAGGUUGUAUUUGCUCAUGGCUCAACUCCGCUCUAAAUCUGAAUAUGUAUGUGAGUACCUGAUGGCAGUACAAGAACAGCUUUCUCUUUCCUCACUGUUCCCUUUUUAUGUGACCAUUUUUGACUGUGAGUUUGAUAUUCAACCACGUCCACAUAUCAUAUCAUUCCUCCUAACUGUUCUGUACAUGCAUUGAUAUUUCAGGCGAUAACAUAUCAGCCCCCUCGUCGCCUGCCACAGCAAGAAACGACUGCAGCAUCACACCGCUCACACCCUCUCCCUCACCGGUAACUAUGUGAACACACCCACAUUCACCACAGACACCCCUACCCCCCACCCUGUCCUUUUACUAUUCAUUUUCUUUAUAUAGAGCUCUCAAAUACAACCUGUAAACCCACAUUCAACUCUCACUCUAGUUAGUGGUUUUUAACAACACACUCGUCAUUUAAGCUGAGAAAAAGUAUCCAACAAAGAUGGUGAAGAGAUAGUUUGGCACUAACUUGAACAUUUACAAACAGAGAAAAAGAGUACGUGCUCAAAAGGUGUAAUUUUCUGUCAGGCGUUCAGUCUUACUUUGAAAGGCUAGUAUGCAACUAUUUGCUUGUAAGUGGUUCACAGUGGAGGAUAAGGACAGCAACAUUGAGCACUAGUUUGUCACACGGUGAUGCAUGUCGGCUAGAUAAAGAACAGGAAGGAACAAAGGAAAUAUCAAUAAGUAGAAGUCUUAAUGUACGGUGGCCGAGAACCACCACUGCUGCAAAUAAAAAAUAAAUGCAAAAAAAAAGAAGUUACAACGGAAGUUACUGAUGCAAAAAAAAAAAAAAAAAAAUGAAGCCUGCUGCAAAUAAAAAAAGAAACGAUGCAGAUUUAAAAAAGCCAAAACCGAAGUUAACAACACAAAAAAAAAAGUGGCGAUGGAAAAAAAAAGUUACCUACUAUAAAAAUAAAAGGAUGCAAAUUUUGAAAAAGCCACAACGGAAAGUAAGCUGCUGGGGGCCAAUUAUGAUAAUGCAUAAGUGUUUUACAAUCUAGGCACAGAAGACGACGGCGAGAAGACGAGCAAAGAAGUGGCGGUUCUCAGCCACCGUAGUUAUGUUAUUGUUGAACAUAUCAUACCAAUACAAACUACCGCACAAAACUGUCCCCUUCCAUCUGUCAUACUUUUGUUCUUUCAGAGGGUGGAGAUCAGACCCAGGAUGGCCUGUCCAUUCUCUGUUGUCGUGGCGAUAGACUUCGGGACGACUUCAAGCGGCUAUGCUUUCAGCUUCACGCAGGACUCAGAAGCCAUACACAUGAUGAAGUAGGAGUCUGUGUUUCAUGAUGUCAAAUCUUUUUUUUUUUUUUUUUUUAAAUAACUUUCUUCCACUUACAUCUUUUGUUUUUUUUCUAUUCCUUGCAGGCGCUGGGAGGGUGGUGACCCUGGCGUGGCAAAUCAGAAAAGCCCAACAUGUCUUUUGCUGACUCCAGAUUUAAGAUUCCACAGUUUUGGGUUUGCCGCACGAGACUUCUACCAUGACCUAGAUCCAGAGGAGGCUCGGCACUGGCUCUACUUUGAUAAGUUCAAGAUGAAGAUUCACAGUACAAGUGUAAGCAAUUGUAUAUACAUAUAAAAAAAAAAAAAAGGAUGAAUGGAUCGACUGGAAGACAACUCCACAUUUCUAUCAGAUCUCCCAAAAUGAACCCAGCUGAUAAAUGCUGCAAAUUUCCUAGCAGAGAUAAAAACUCAGAUGUUAUGAUGUUAUGUUAUUGGUAUACAGUAUAUUGUAGUCUGUACAGAUGAUGGUCUUGUUUUAUUGAUUUGUGGCUGUGUUUGGUGUAGGACCUCACCAUGGAGACAGAGCUGGAGGCGGUCAAUGGGCGAAGGGUCAGGGCCAUCGAGGUGUUUGCUCAUGCCCUGCACUUCUUCAGGGAACAUGCUCUGAAGGUACGCUUGAUACUUCAAAUUUGUCUUUGAUUGGCUUGCCCUAAUGGUCUUAUAGUGCAUUCCAUGUAAGAUGUGUGCCCUAUAUAUAGAUGCCUCAAGUGUGUGGCCUACAUGGUCACAUUACCUGUCCUCUCCCCCUCUCCCCUCUUCUCUCUACAUUCCUCCCCAACCCAGCAGCGGCAUGGUGGCUGUCUAGCAUGAGGCUAGUCCUGCCCAAGGUUUCUGCCUGUUAAAAGGAAGUUUUUCCUUGCCACUGUAACUCAUGUUAGUUGAGAUGGGCCAAAACCCAUCUUAGGUUGGUUCUUGAUCAUCAAACAAUGAGCGUGGUCCAGACCUGCUCUUGUUCCUUGAAAAGCGUCUUGAGAUGACGACUGUUGUGAAUUGGCGCUAUAUAAAUAAAAUUUGAUUGAUUGAUUGAUUGAUUACCAGCCUGUGGCGCCUUUCCCUUCUGUUACUCCCCACUCUCUCUUUAAGCUUUGUACACUGUCCUGUCCUCUCUAAAUAAAUGCAUUAAAAGUCUAAAAGUAAAACAUAGAAAAUAAAGUGAUAAAAUAAAAAAUAUAUUAUAGCAUUACCAUGACUCGUGGCGGACUUAUGUCCUGCAUGUAUGGAUAAUCCUUUAACUUGUAAUUCAGCGUUUAUAAUAAGAGAUAGAAGCUCUUAUCUUGAGCUCUCCUUGUUUGUUUGUUUUUCACAGUUUUAACUGACUCUGUUAUAGGAGGUGAAAGACCAGUCAUCAUCAGUGCUGGAGGGAGAUGAGAUCAGAUGGGUAAUUACCGUCCCAGCUGUAUGGAGACAACCUGCCAAACAGUUUAUGAGAGAGGCUGCAUACCUGGUAAGAUACACACAAACACAUUCACAAUGACAAAUGCAUAAUUAUAGACUGGCUGGAGACCAUAUGAAUCUAACUGCUAAAUUAAACACUAAAGAAAGCCAUUAAAAAGCCCUAUUUAUCAUCCAGCAACAAAAAGGUAACAUUUUUACAGGGCUAUUACAUCCAGUAUAUGCCCAUGGAUCAUACUCAUUGCUCCCACUGAGCAAUAGACGGCUAUUAGACGUCUAGUUUUUUUUUUAGACCUAAUUUCAAUCGUCUAGAUUCUGUAUAUUUUUAGACUUAAUUUAGACGUUGCACAUUGCACUUUGCACAAAAAGCAACUGUGAGUUGCAUAACUGAUCUCCAAGUACUUAACUAAAAUAAUUAUGAUAGCCGUUGAGCAAUAUACAGUGUAGUAUCAAUAUAGCGCAGAUUUAGACUUGAUCUAAACUUGGUCUAAAUUUAGAUGUUUAAGAAACUUUCAUUUUUAGACCUGUGGUAGCCUGAUUUUAGACCAGUCGUCUAGGCUACAUUUAGACGUCUAUUAGACCAAAAAAAGCUCUUUUUUAAUGUUUUUUCCAUAGACUGUAUAUGGAAUGGACAGCGUCUACCUCCUUGCUGGGUGAAGACACUUUGAGAACAGCACCCUCUGUUGAUGGGCUGCAGUAUAGGUCAUAAAUCCCGCCUCCGCCAGCAAAGCUUAUGGAGCUGUGGACAAACUUUAGAAAUAUUUUACACAGAAUACAAUUUUUUUUCCCCCCUGCUUGGGAUGUUGACAUGUAGUUACUGUAAGACUGGUUUGUGCUCAAGUCCUCUUUUUUUCUGUACAGCUCCGUUUUUAAAAGUUAUUAGGGGGUUCAUGUUUUCUUUGAUUGACACUUGAUACAGCCUAUGGGCGUUCAGGGAUUGCGUAGCUCUCCCGGGGGGAUACGCUGUUUGAGCCGAGCGUCAUCACAGCGACUCUCAGCAACUGUGUGCCCGCAUGCUGGUUUCAGGAUAUGACAAAAAAUCCUGGAAAUACAGAGAGCGGAACCAGGUUGUCCAUAGUAUAUACAGUCUAUGGUUGUUUCACAGAAAACAUGUAUAUUUAAGGUGAAAUAGAUCUACUUAAUGAUGUGUGGUCUAGUUUUUCCUGUUAAUCUGAAAUAUUUAGAAUGCUAAUUUUUCUGUUAAAUUUAGUUUCAGUCAUUUAAUUUCUUUAAAAUCCUCUUAAACUCAAUAGAUUCUCUUUUUUCUGAUUUGUUAUUCUUGUGCGAUACUUUAAAAAUUUUGUCAUGUUCCCUCAAUAAUGUUUGAUCUAAAAUUUUGAGAGAAAUUUCAAAGAUCUAACUCAGUGAACUGCUGUUAAUAGAGUGUACCCAUGCAUGUGUUUCUAUGCGCAACACUGAAUGAGGAGGAACGAUUGUGAAAUGGAAAGAAAAUUAUUUUGUCAAGUAUAAGAUGAAGUCCUCAGCUGUUUGUUUUUUUUUCCAAUGAAAGAUCCUUUAUUCCCACACAUCUUGUCUUCCGACCACUGUCGUGGUGUCCUUUCCAUCAACAGACACGCUCCUCGACAGAGUUAAAGUGACUUGUAGGAAGUGUGCGUACAUGGACAGGAAUGCAGCUAGUGCUAUCUCAGUACACAUCAAUGAGAGUGGACCAACCUUUGUGCUUGUGUGACACAGGCAUGAUACAGAAUAGUCCAUGGGAAAGACGACAUGACCUUUAAUUGUUAGCGUCAUGCUCUUUCGGUCUGGUUCUCACACCAUCAUAUUUUGAUGUUUUUACACCUGCACACACACACAAACACACACACAGUCUGUGUGUUCUGUGAAGUAUUAUCUCUUUGCCCUUCACUCACCAGGUUGCGAACAUAAUUAGUCUAAUGUUCAAGCACUUUCACAUGCUCGUUGACAUAUACACACCCUGUGCUGGCUCCCAGUUUGAAGCUGUUGGGAUGUGUGUACUUCCUGCUGGUGGUGAUGUCAUCAGAACUGAACAAUGAGGGAGACCGGCGUACAAACACAGGAAGUGGUGUCCAGACCCCCGCCCAGUACACCCACACACACGAACACAUACAUCAUUCAGCCACUUAACAUUACUUCCAUUACAAUUCAGGCUCCAUCUACCACUAUCCUAGAUAAAUGGUAAAUGAACUCAAUUUUUGUUUAUUUAGCGCCAAAUCACAACAGUCGUUAUCCCAAGACGCUUUCCAAAAUAAAAAGCAGGUCGAGACCACGCUCAUUGUUUGAUGAAUUACCAAGACCCAACCUUAAAGGAUAUUCCGGUGUAAAAUUAAUUUAGGGUCAAACACACCGUAACAUUGAGUUAGACACCCCCCUCGAGAGAUGAAUGAUGCUGACCACUUGCUUCUCUAGUCAUACCAACUUUAGGAACGACCGCACGAUAGCAAUACACAUCGGUCUGAGGAUCCAUAAAUGAACCUCAACCAAAGCGCCACUCUAAAGCCACAAAUAAUGCUCAGAACAGCACCUAACUUCAUCAACAGUACAUAUAGGGUCCCAGCCACAGCACUAGCCACCAAACACCUUUUGAACUUUGCCAAAUUUCUUUAGCACACUCACCUACUCUCUUCCAGCAGAUGCUUGUUUGUAGCGAGACCUCAGGCCAGUCCAUUUCUUCAUGGAAUUGUUAUCAAACCAAGACGCUAAGACAGCAGAACUACAGCAUCUGCAGUGCAAAAUUAUUAAGAUGGUGAUUAUUACUUAAUGGAAAUGACCAUUAAUGUUCUUCCUUGAGCUUCGUCACCCCGCAGCAGUUUGUAAUGGACUGGUCUGAGGUCUCACUACAAACAAGGGGCUGCUGGAAGAGAGUAGGUGAGUUGUGUUUAGUCUCUUUGCUAAAGAAAUCAGGCAAAGUUAAAAAGAUGUUUGGUGGCUAGUGCUGUGGCUAAGACCCUGUAUGUACUGUUGAUGAAGUUAGGUGCUGUUCUGAGCAUUAUUUGUGGCUAUAGAGUGGCGUUUUGGUUGAGCUUUGUUAAUGGCUGUGUAUUGCUAUCAUGCGGUCGUUACUUAAGUUGGUAUAACUAGAGAAGCAAGCGGUCAGCAACAUUCAUCUCUAGAGGGGGUGUCUAACUCAGUGUUUUUGGCUCUAAAUUAAUUUUACGCCGGAAUAUCCCUUUAAGAUGGGACAGAUUUGACCCAUCUCAUCGAACAUGAGUGACAUGAGGGGAGAAAUACAGAGGGGGGGGAUAAGUGUGCUUUUAAGUGUGCUUAUGUCUUCUUCUCUUUUCUCCCAGGCUGGUCUGGUGUCUUCAGACUGUCCUGAGCAGCUCCUGAUCGCCUUGGAACCUGAAGCUGCAUCCAUUUACUGCCGUAAGCUCCGCCUCCACCAGGUGAUUGACCUGAGCUUGCAGCCACUCACAAAUGGCCUCGAUAUGGACGGCUCCCGGCCCUUUGACUCCAGCUUCAGACAAGGUAGUACAAAGAGAGUGUGUGUGUGUAUGUGUGUGUUUGUUGAUACUUUUUUCUUUGUGUCUUUUUUGGACUUGGCCAUCAGCAUAAGUAUGAAACCGCAGUGUGUUCCUGGAAAUGUUGUGGGUUUUAUUUCACUGGGGGAUUGUGGUCUGUGCAGAGGAUGAAUGUGUGUGUAAGAGAAAGGAAUAGAGUCCUCUGAGGGUGAAAGUUAGACUUCAGAUACUCCUCAUGACUAUGCAGUUGUGUAUAUGUGUACAUGUGUAUGUAUGAGGAAUAGUACUUUGCUAUUAUGAAAUAUCUCUGUACUGACCAAUCAAAAUGAUGUACAGAGAGUGCAAUAAAUAUAAUAUCUUUACUUGACAGCCACAUUAAAAACAUGUGUACAUUCGACUCAAAUGCAGAAAAGGAACAAAGAGCAACGGCGAAGCGAGGGAAACACAGAGACUGCCUCAUAAUCUAGAGAAAGAACAUGCUCGCCAAAAUCCCCUGCACAGCCCCACUUAUACAUAUGCAUUUACAGACACACACACACACACACACACACACACACUAAGAACAUUCAUACACACAAAGACACACACACUAAACACAGGAUAUUGUAAUUGGAACAAGGUGCACUGAGACUAUGAUCUCACCCCCUCCUCGCUUGUCAUUCUCCCUCUCCUUCACUCACAUUCAUUUUGUUGUUUUUUCCAUCUUUCUCGCUCGCAUUUGUUCCCUUUCUGACUUUCUUUACCAGGUUGUGCAGUUUGGACACACACACACACACACACACACACACACACACACACACACACACACGUAAGAACUUGGCAUUACAGUCGUGGUUUUUACUAUCUUUAGUUUUUUCCACCUCAUUUAGUGACUAAAGAUAGCACAAGGGAGUCAUUAACACACACAUACACACACACAUGCACACAGAAACAGAAAUAUUUUCUUUUCUGUUGUUUCAGUUUGUAAAUUGUUUCAAGAUUUGCAUUUUUAUGCCCCCCCCCCAAUACAAAACCACACAUGCUCAUAGUAGCACUUACAUUACAUUUAGGCUCUUUGUUGCUUGAGGGAGUCUUUAAUGCUGUAGUAGGGCUGGGCGAUAUGGCCUCAAGUUAAUAUCACAAUAUAUUGAGCAGUUUACGUCAAUAACGAUAAAUGGACAAUAACUACUCCACAAGCUGCUCACCCCCUCCCACAUUAAUGUCAUCUACUUCAGCCGCUGCUCCAGCCGCUGCUCCAGCCGCUCCAACUUUUGCACCGUCCUCCAUCUCCUCACCUGUCUUUCCCUCUUUGUUACUGACUGGAUGGGGUGGAGUCUCAGCCUCUGUAGCGGAUAGAAACAAAAGUUCAAAAAGUUUUUGAGAGCUUACACACGUGGCUUUCAAGAUAACUAUCUUUUAAUUUUCCGAACUUUCAUCACAUUUUAAAAAACCUUGAACAAACAAACUUAAAUGAAAUAUAGCGGCUGUAUGAAUAAAAGUUAAGACUCUCCACUGGAGAAUAACAAACUAUUUGCUUUCUAUAAAACAAGUAGCAGUCAUGAUAAAGUGUCCAUUCAAUAAUAUAAAAAAUAAAGUGUUUAAAGGGUAUGUGGCUGCCCAAUUAUAGGGCUAGUACAAAAGCAGCACUAAAAACUAAAAACUACAUAGAUAAAUCAAUCAAUAAAUACGUGGCUGACAGUGUGUUCAUGUCUGUGCUCACCCAAAGUCAUGUAACACUCACAUAAAACGCUGAUAGUAUGAGCCAAAGACCUCAAUAUGAAGAGGUUGUUCACACUGCUGGACACUUCUCCUCUGAAGCUGCUGUCUGCCUCCAUCAUUGUUUACUUACUCAUGAAGCACGUAGCAAGAUCCGAGCAUGAAUCUGGUCGCUUCAUUAAGCUUUAUUAGCUUAUCAGAGGCAGACGGGGAUGAUGAUUUGAUUCACCACAACUCCAGAAAUUAUUAAAAAGCUACAGAAUGUCACAAAAUGACGUAUCCGCACUCCCGACUUGAGGGGUAGAAACGCCUUCAUGCUGUCCUGGUUUAAAUGGGUUAAAGGGACAACCAACUUUUAUUUAUUUAUUUGAUGACGAAUAUACCGAUAUCGGCAAAAUGACAUCAGUUAUUGUCGUAAAUUUCAGUAUCGGUAAAUUUUCGUUUUAUCGCCCAGCCCUAUGCUGUUGGUUCUUGCUUUUUUUUUUUUUUUUUCUUUUUUGUUUGUUUUUUUUCUUGUCACAAAUUUUUGUUCUAGCCUUUACUUAUUUGUGGACCAAAACACAUGGAGCCAGUAAAAAAACCUCCUGAAUGAGUUUUAUCAUUAAAACCAAGCAGCAGAGUCAGAACAACUCUUUUCUUAUCUUUCUUUAGCUUCUUUAAUCUGUACUGAUACGUCAUCUUAAAACUAUCAAGCAGGGUUUCAAAAGUUCACUCGCACAUAUGGAAGCAUGUCAGUGUUUCUGAUUGUUAGACUAGCCGACGUGUAUCGUGUAUUUCUGUCAAUUGUGUUUAAGUGAGCCCUGUUUUCAUUGGCCUUCGUCCAUGUUCUGGACCUGCCAGUCAGACCAUGAACAUAAGACAAAGAGAAAGUCUACAGCAAAUUGCUCCAGUCAUGCAAAAACAUCAUGACCCUGCUUUUGGUAUGUUUUUCUAGUUCAAGAAAGAUUUGAAAGACUUAAUACAAUCCAUUUGGUAAAUCUAUGACCUCAUGUGUUAUGAAACUUGUUUAAACCUAAUUACAUGAAGCACAAGUCGAAAACAUUCAUCUUCAUUAGGCUGAAAAUGUGGAUGUUUAUGUUUUGCUCCAGCUAGUUUGCAUUGUGUAUUAGAUAAAGAACAGCUAAAGUGUCUGACUCUGCGCUAUGUUUAUAUAGAGAGGCAAAAAAUGUUUGAAUUAAGGGAAAGCGGUGCAAGGUGGUGAAAGAUGGUAAUGACUCUUGGGGCCCAGACAGGAAAUAGUUCAUGAAAAUUUGUGUUGAGUUCAAGCAAGAAAAAAGGGGGCAUAGCAGAAGGGAGUAGGAUCACAUUUGCUUCUCUUUUUGCUGAGCUCCUAGAGCAAAAUCAUGACUUCUUUCCCACCGGUAUAGAUUUCAGUUUUUUAAGUGUUGGGCAUGCGGCUAUUUGGAUCACAGCGAGAUCCAUAGAGAUACAUGUGUUACCCAGAUGAUAGACUUUUACGACCACUUAAGGUCAGUGAAAACAGCUUAUAAAGACAAUGAGGGCACUUAUCAAGUUGAUUUUUAAAUGAGGUUUACUGACACUUGCUUUUACAUCGAGCUUGAGACACAGAGCACAGUUAAUACGCAUCUAUGAUCAUGUUUCUGACCACUUUAAGAAAGUAUUAGCUCUCCUUAUGCUGUGAUUUGUUACUUUUUUAGAUGUUAGUUACUCCAGUGCGAAUGUUUCCUGCUGGUUGCAUUUAUUUUUUUUGUCUGUUUUUUUUUUAGGGCAGAGCUUAGGUAACACAUCUUGUUUGUAGAAAAUAACCACUGAUUUGGAAAAUGAUCCAUGUGCGCACUAAGGGUGAACUAAAAUCAGAAAGAAAGAUAACAAAAACAACACCAUACAAGCACUAUAUUUAUCCCCAAAGGGAAAUGUAUUUGUCUAGACUCUCACGUCUUUCUAUCUGGUAACCUGCUGAGCUCAUUACUGUUUUUACUGUAUAAUUAUUUGACAUUUGCAAAUUAAGUUGACAUGAAACCAAAAAUGGUCAAUGUUAUACUUUGUUUUCUAUAUCAAGUACACAAUGUUAAAAAUAGUGGAAGGCAUGAAUGAUAAAAUUUGUUGCUUUGAAAUUGCAAGAUAUCAAAAAUGCAUCAUCAAUCUUCACUUUUCAUGACAGUAAAUAGUAUUCUCAGCUUUUGCGACUUAUCCUUUCAGUGGUAAUGUUCUUUCUUUUUAAACUGUCACAUUUGCAGUUUCUUUCCUGAGGUGAAAAAACACAUAAACUAUUAGCCAAACUCUUUUUUGUCCCCUAAUCUUUACUUCCAAUGUUUCCUAACUCUCUUCAGCUGUCCUGACAAUAAAGGCAGAAAAUGCUCAAAAAAAAAACUUUGAAAAACAAACACAAACGCCCACGUUCCGUGAGAGCCCACGUGAAGAAUCUAACCAUUAUCUUGUGCUUCAUUAUGAUGAUUUGAACUGAUUUAAUAAUGUCUGUGAGCAGCAUUUAAGCCAAAUGUAAAAGGUAUAAAAACUGAGUUGUUAUGCGUGUUUGUUGCAGCACGGGAACAGUUGAGGCGAUCCAGACACAGCAGGACCUUCAUGGUGGAAAGUGGGACUGGAGAGCUUUGGUCGGAGCUACAGACUGGUAAGACUGCUUGUCUCCGUGUGUGUGCAUGAGAGGAACAGACAAAUCCAAAUGUGAGACGUUUUGAUUUGAACCCCAUCAGGUCUCCAGUGAGAGGCAGACUAUUCCCUAAUUUCUACCAACUUCGUAUAUCAUCUUGUCUAGAUGCAUUCAGUGUCAUCCUAAAAGCUUUGCAACAGCUUUACAUGAUUUACAGCUCAAAAAAUUCUUUACUUAUCACAGUCUCAGCUCCUUGAACUUCUGUCUCAAGCAACAGAGUUUCUUUAUUUAUAUCAAAUGUGUAAUGUUGUUAUGUAGUUUAGACGUCAAAACUGACAGUUGAUGAAGGGCAAAAAAUCCCCAACAAGAAAGAGGGUAUAGUAGUACCCUCUAUCCUCAGUGUAUAGUAUAGUCACUUCUUCUUUAUCGUUUAAAUCAACCAAUUAAUCAAUUUUUGUUUCUGUAGUGUUAUCCCGAGACUCUUAACAAAAAAAGCUGGUCUAGAUCAAACUCUAUUUACAAAGAUGGGAUAAGAUUGAGCCUCAUCUUGUAAGAUAAAACCCAAUCCCAUCCCAUCUUCAGCUACAUGAGAGUUUCAUCAGACAUAAGAAAGAAAAAAAGACACAGCUGCCACUCACCAAAUUGGAGCAUGGGCGGGAUCUCUGCAGGUUUUUACAAGUCAAAUUCAAGACUUUUUAAAGAUUGUAAUGAACACAAUUUAAGACCUAUUAAGCAUCCAUACUGACAAAAAAGUACAAAAGACAUAAAGGAAAUUAAAAACAUUUUACAUUACUUCAAAUCAAUCUUUAUUCCUUUGGCACAUUAUUUAUUUAAGUAGCAGUUAGACAUUUUUAAGACCUUUCAAAAUCGUAUUUAAGACAUUUUAUGAGAUUUUAAAAGAAUUUUAGACAUUUUAAGGCCAUAAAUUCAAAUGUUUGGAUUUUAGACAUUUAAAAACUUUUUAAGACCCCGCGGAUACCCUGAUGGAGUUAUGCUGUUUGGAGAUAAAGGGACAAUCCAAUCAGAACAGGAACAGGAACAGGGCAAGGUCAGGUAUUUAGUUCCUCUUGUUUAUGGAGACCCUAGCCUAAUAUAUGAUAUUAUACUUGACACAUAUAAAUGCACCAAAGUGCGAUAAUCCAUCUUUCUGUGUCUUGCUGUAACAUUCAGUUUCGAAUUUGUAAUGGUAAAGGAAUCAGUCAGUGUUUCCUUGUCUUCUUCUACAGGAGAUACUUCACUGAAAGGCGCUGUAUAAAUAAAGUUUACUUACUUACUUACUUACUUCACACUACAUUUCAAACCUCAUGGGUCUAAAUUAGUGCAGAAAAAGGCAUAGAGUUGCUAAGAUAUCAUGGAUGUAAAUUAUACAGGAAAAGCAGACUGUGAUUUCAGGUUUAUUUGUGAAAACAGUAGCUGAACUUGAAAGUCUGUGAUUAGCAGAAAACGACAUCUUACUGCAACCGUACAGUCUAGUAAACAGUUACUACUCUCACUCUGAGGUGCACCUUAGACUGCAGAAAGUAGGUCCAUUUUUGACAUUUAAACACAAAUACACAACAUUUUUUUAACAUGAAUAAAUAUUUACAACUGGCCUGGGAUGAUAUAAUCCAACAACAGUACUAUAAAAGUCAUCCAGAUAUUCAUUUUUACAUGCAACCUCUUCUUUCUGUUGAGCCAUGACUACAAUCUGAGAAGCCACGCGCUCCUACUGACCCUUGCAGCUCCCUUUCCUUAACAUACACACCACACACAGGAAGGACCCAGCCCAUGGGAUUCAGCCUUUGCACUCUAAAUAAACUAAAGGACUUGAAGCCUUUUUUUUACCCAGCUGUUUUGUGUCCCUAAAAUUUAAAUUGUUGUUUUUCACUAUUUUUUCUCAACUAAUACUCCCUCUGCUGAGUUAGGAGUGUGGUUAGCAUAAACCUGUGUAACCGAGCCAAAACUAACUUUUAUCAUAGAGCAUAUCACACAAACACACACUCAGAGGGGAGCACAAUCAUCGCAGAUGCCUGGAGGUUGUUUAUGUUUCAGGGUCUUGCAGCUGAAGAGUGUCAGGGGAACUACACACACACACAAAAACUCACACAAAAAAACAAAACAUUAACAUGCUCCAUGACUCCAUUUUGCCCAGGAGGAAAGGAAAAAAACAUACAAUCCUACAUUAGUUUGAAAAGUUUUGUGAAAAUGUGAAACACUCCUUGGACCUGUAGAUCGUAAAUUUGUGUAUGUUUACGUAUGUUUCCUGAAGGUGACAGGUAUAUAGUUGCUGACUGUGGAGGAGGAACAGUUGACCUGACCGUCCAUCAGAUUGAGCAGCCACAGGGAACUCUAAAAGAGCUCUACAAAGCUUCAGGUACCAACUCUCACAAUCUGCUAAAACAUACAAACAGCUGUGAGCAAAUUUCUCACAGUAUCUGAAGCUGUAGUUUUUUCCCCCCUCAGGUGGUCCACAUGGAGCUGUGGGUGUCGACCUGGCCUUCGAAGCCAUGCUGUGUCAGAUCUUUGGCGAGGACUUUGUUCAGACCUUUAAAGCCAAGCGUCCUGCAGCCUGGGUGGACCUCACCAUUGCAUUUGAGGCGAGGAAACGGACGGCGGCACCAGGCAGGGCCAACGCCCUCAACAUCUCCCUGCCCUUCUCUUUCAUCGACUUCUACAAGAGACACAGAGGGCAGAGUGUGGAGGCCGCCCUUAGGAGGAGCAAGUACGUCAAGAUAGAAAUCGAGUUUGAUUAAAAUAAUGAAUCAGUUUAUGUGUCACAGCAAAUGUUCAAAGACUCUGCUCUGUGUGUGUUUGUCAGUAUGAACAUAGUGAAGUGGUCAUCCCAGGGCAUGCUGCGGCUGACACAAGAAGCUAUGAAUGAGCUCUUCCAGCCCACCAUCGGCAAUAUUGUCAAACACAUCGGUAAGACACGUUCAAGAACAGAGACGCACGCUAAAUGCUUCAAACAUGUACAUGACUCCAAGAAAACAUCUACCCUGUUCUCGUCUUUCCCAUAUUUCAUCAUUUGUAAUUAGUACACUAACUCAGGCUUUCACCAACUUGACAGCUAGUUGACUACUUCAACCACUAGUCAGUGCUCAGAGCAGGUGUCAACUAGUCUAAUAGUCAAUACCACAGGGUAAGUGGAAUGAAAAUGUAAUGUAUAAAUAUUUAUAUUUUUUUUUACUUUCAGUGCAUCAGAUCUUUCAAACAACUUCUGACCUAUUCAUCCAUAUAAAGUUGAAUUUUAAAAAAAAAAAAUUUUAAGGUUUUUAUGUUUUGUUGUUGUUGUGAGAACCCCCGAUUUUUUCAAUUGGAAAAACACAAAAUAUGCAAUAUUUCCAAAAAUAAGGUGCAAAGUGAAAUAAACACUUGUGACGAAGAAAUAUCAGCCUUGAACACUAUUAAUUUUAAUGCAUUACUAUUUUUGGCAUGAGCAGAGUUUUAAAAUUGACUUACACUCUUAAACCUUGUGUACAGAAACUGUCUAAAAGUGCAAUAAAAAUGUAAUAUAUUUUUUUUAAUUUUCAAUGCAUCAGAACUUUCCAACAACUUCAGACUUAUCCAGAGAUAUAAAGUUUAUUAUACAUUUUUAAUAUUUUUUGCACUUGGAUCAUUCUUUGUGAAUCUUUCUUAUAGUCAACUUUUAGUUUGAAAAAGUUAGCAAGUGGUUAAAAUAUGUGGUCAUAAAUCCCUGAACACCAACACAGAAAUCCGUACACUAGAGUGGAAAUGUGUCAAUAAUCCUCAAUCACUUUACUACAAAAGAGUUUGUAUUGUGGAGUACUAAUUAUCAUUUCUGUUUUACAGACAUAUUAGGGCAAAACUCCAGCACGUCACAUUUUAAAGUUGACAUGGCUAGCUCAUUAUGAAACAGUCAACAAUUUACAGAUUUAACAUAGUGGUCAUUUUUGUUUAUUAUUGAAUAUUCAUUCAGCUUUUUUAAAAUCUCCACCAGCUCUUCAAGAUAGGAAGAAGCUGGACAGCUGCUAAUAGUUACAUUUUUAGUUGCUGCUGCUGCUGGAAACAAGCUUGAUUAAAGGAGUGAGAUCGAACCGAAACAGUAAAGUCACAGCCUGCAAAAAUCCCAAAACAAUUGAGUCUGUUAAUCUCACACAGGAUGACAAGAUGCUAAAACUGACCAUCAAGAGUUUUUUGUUUGUUUGUGUGUGUGCUUUAUUUAGAUCACAAACCAAAGUAAACCUAUGAUUUACCAGCAUGACUCUAGACUUCAAAAAUAAGGCCAAAUACUCUUAAUCGAUUUUUAACGACUGCUUUAAGUCCUCUUCAGUGUCUCUACUCUUCAAGUUCAUGACCCAGUUUAUUGGAGUUAAAAGCUUUUUGAAAACAGGACGAGGACCCCCAGUUCAAACUAUAAACACAACCAAACUCAUUCUCAGCAGAUACUUGCUGUUUUUAAGUGAAGUGGUUUUUAUUCUAACGAUCUUUUUUGUUUCCUUCACCAGAGGAACUAAUGGCAAAACCAGAGGUGCAUGGUGUGCGUUUCCUUUUCCUAGUGGGUGGUUUUGCAGAGUCGCCCAUGUUGCAGAAAGCAGUCCAGAAAGCUCUUGGGCGGACAUGUCGGAUUAUCAUCCCCCAUGAUGUUGGACUGACCAUCCUGAAGGGUGCUGUGCUGUUUGGACUGGAUCCCACAGUGGUGAGGGCUCAAUUUGAGUAUUUUCAGAUUCUGGUGUGGGUUAAGUUUUUGACGUCUGGUCCAAUGACUUCUUUCUCACAGGUCAGAGUGCGCCGAUGUCCCCUCACAUAUGGAGUUGGGGUCUUGAACCGGUUUGUGGAAGGGCGCCACCCUCGAGACAAACUUCUGAUCAAAGAUGGCCGUGAGUGGUGCACUGACAUUUUGGACCGCUUCGUCUCCGUUGACCAGUCAGUUGCUCUCGGUGAAGUUGUGAGGCGAAGUUACACACCUGCUCGUCUGGGCCAGCGUAAGAUCAUCAUCAACAUCUACUGCAGCACCACAGACGAUGUCACGUACAUCUCUGACCCUGGAGUCCGGAAGUGCGGGACAAUUACUUUAGAUUUACCAGAACCAUUACCGCUACUAGGAGCGGUGGGAGGAGCAGCAGCCAGAGGAGGGGGCCUUGAGAGGAGAGAGAUCAGAGCGACCAUGCAGUUUGGAGACACUGAGAUCAAAGUCACGGCUGUUGAUGUCAUGUCUAACCGCACUGUUCGGGCGUCCAUAGACUUCCUGUCUAACUGAGGAGGGGCAGGAAGGGGAGACUUGGAUUAAAAAACCCAGAAAUAAUUGAUUCAUGUGAUGAUAAUUUCAAGAAAAAGCGGUACUUUGGGAGUGGGACAAUUAUUUCAUUUUUGGAAAGACCAAAAAUACGACAUUUAUGCUUUUUGCAUCAACUUAGAGUAGAAAUAAAUCAUUAGUAACUUUUAAAACUCAAGACUGGUCCCCACUUUUACCAAAUUCUCUUCAGCUGAAAGGUUGGUUAUCAAAUCUGCACAUAAAAAGAAGCGACAGAGUGGAAUUCAACAAGUCAACCUACAGUACUGAUGCUGUCACCUGGAUGAACUCUGUGGGAACCACUGCAGAAACAGAGAUUCACUGACAGCCUAAUUAUCCCCAAGAAAGACACUACAUCAUUCUUAUACUACCUAGAGUGAAAAUCACUCAUUUACUGUCAUUUCUUCAUUUCGAGACUGUAGACUCUUCCCUCAUAAGUUUGCACAGGAAUAUCUCAAACAGUACAGUACCUCACUUUAAUCUCACUUCACUCAUCCAUUGAAGAGAUAGCAAGACGACUAACUGGAAUGCAGCCUGAUUUCUACAAUGUGAACAUGACUGUGCUUCAUCUUAUUAUUAUUAGUGCAAACUAAAAACUCUUGGAAUAAAUCAAAUGCCCCACAAUGUUUUCUGUUAGGAGGGAUUUGUUUCCAUCUCGAAGUCCUUUUUUAUAUAUUUGUAUUUAAGCUUGAACUAAAAUGGUAAAUUAAAGUCAACCAGACCCAAUAAAACUAUGUUGAUUUGUGCA